CUCACUUCACAACGAGUAAUUUACUCAUAGGUUAAGACAUCCCUGCGACUCCUCGUUAAGGGCGGUGAGAGGCGGCGACUGUAACAAUAUUUGUGUGGGUGUUUCAGCAUGGGUCGCCAGGUGCCGACGGUAACAAUGAGCGAGGAUGGUGGCCAAGGUGCUGGGGCCCAGGUGGUGGUGUGUGAGGACAAGGCCACCAGUACUGACGACGAGCUCCUGGGGUCACCCACGCCGGGAGACGAUGGCUUCGGCCCCGACAAUUGCUUCCGUUACAUGGCGCAGGCUGCCCAGCUGUGGGGCGCCGACUUGGUGGGUAUGGACCGUCCUCCAGAGCGCCCCCACAGUGCCCGCGGGGGACGCUACCUCCGCCAUCAGGAGUCUCUCAGCAGCAACAGUGACGUGUCAAGACCUCACCGGCAGGUUAAGCUGCGGAGGCAACGGACAACAGAGUCUUGUGACACAGACAGUUACAAGCGACCUAAGACGCGGGAGUUGAGGCGCCAGUGGACCACCGACUCCUCUGACUCCGGCUACUCCAAGCGCUACUCUCGGGAGUUCCUGCGGCGGCAAGACACCGAGGAGUCAGCAGACUCAACGAGGCGACUUAUUCGGGACCUACAACGACAAGCAACUACCGAGUCGUCGUCGUCGUUGAGACUGACUCGUCAGUCAUCCAUACGCAGCGCCUCCGACAACCAGAGCCUCUGUCUUCUGCGUCAAUCGACCGUUGAGACUUACGACGACAUCUCCACGACAGACUUCUCUCGGCCGCAGUCUUGUAACAGCAGCCGCAACCCCAGCACGGGGUGCACCAUCAUGGACUUCUCGCCGCAAAUCUUCCCCCCCGACGCCGCCGGCCAGACCGUCCUGUCCGAGUAUGCCGCCCCCGGCGACACUUACCGCUACAACCCGCAAGACCUGGUCAAUGGCUACGACUACAGUGUCAACGCUAUUCCUGCCACUGUGGGAGCACCGCUGCUCUCCACCACCUCCUGUUCCCUCAUCAACCUCAGCGCCGUGGACCUGGAGGCCGCGGAGAUCAAAGAACUCCACAGAAAUCUCCGCGCCCUGGGCUCCGACGCCCACGGCAAGACCAAGAGGAAGAAAUCUCGUCGAAGUGGAGAGAGUGAGGCGCUGAAGAAGGCGAAGGAGCGAGUGAGGAAGCAGAAGGAGGAAGAGGAGAUGCCUCGCAGGGUGCGGUGGUCCAUCAUGGCCACGGGGCUCAUACUGCUGCUCAUGUCCGUCAUCCUGGUGGGGGCCACGCUCAAAAUGGCUCCCCUCAUCGACGAAAUGGGUGAGUCCUCUUCACAAACAUUCCGCCCGACCCCUGUGUGCCCGCCUGCCUGCCCUCCCUCCCCACCUGUGACGUGUUCUACUGUACAGACGUCCUCCCUGUGUUGUUAG